AUGGGGCUGCUUGGCUCUUUCCAGCACUGCUGCGUCUGUGGGGAGACUGGGGCCACCAUCAUGUGCUGUCAGGAAGACUGCGACAGAUGGUUCCACCUGCCCUGUGCCAAGCAUGGUGCCUGUGUCACACAGUAUAUUGCACAGUACAGCGCCUACUGCCCUGAGCACCGCCCACAUCUGGAGCUGGGGGUGACUCCGGAGCCGGAAACCGAAUGCCCCAUCUGCAUGGAGACCGUGGACGAUAGAGAGACUUAUGGCACCAUGGUGUGCCCAGCGUGCAAAAGGGCCUGGUUCCACCGGGACUGCAUCCAGGGACAGGCCUUGCGCGCUGGUCUUUUAUGCCUCCACUGCCCCCUCUGCAGAGACAUUAGAGCAUUUCUUCCCCGAAUGUUCAUCAUGGGGAUCCGAGUCCCCUUCAGACAGCCAACAUGGGAGGACAACGAUUCCUUUGCUGAAUUAGGAGAGAGGCACAGCCGGUGCAAUGCCAGAGAGUGCCAUUAUCCAGGAGGCAGGGAGGAGGCAGAGGAAGAGGGAUAAUUGCUUAAUAAGUGUCUGGACUUCUGGAGCUUACCAAAACAAUAGUCACUGGACAAGUUGCCUAGACAUUUCGGACCCUCCUUUCAGGCAUGUAUAUCAUCUUUAACUUUUUCCUGUCUUUCUGCUGUCAUCGUUAAGAAUGUUGAGUAUUCUUAUCAGCCACAUACGCAGCCUGUGUGGUUCUUUGCCCUCGUGAAUCUUGGUUUUUCUCUUCUGAAUCCAGUGAAAUUUUGUAUUUAAAAACAAAGAAAACAACAACAAAAGAAAACAUACACAGCCCUAAAACAUUCCACAGGCCACCAAAAGGAUGGCUUGUUACAUUUGAUAGAAUAUAGCAUUAGGACAGGCUUAAAGGAUGUUUGUUUCUUGAGACUUACUAGGUAACUCUGAUGCAAUGUACUGAUGUGUUCAUACAGUUACUGUCCCGCGUGCUUCCAGCCUGUCUGAUUUACAGCGCGUGUUAAAAUGGAGAUCUCAGUCGUCCGCAGCCAUCAGUUUUGCGGGGAGAUGUAGGCUCCCGGUGUUGAGCUUUUACUGGAACAGCUGCUAUUUCACUGCAAUCUAGAUUUCAGCACGUUCAGGAGAACUGCUGCUGCCUUUCAUUUUUCGUAGUACACGAGGCUGUAACACAGACCAUUUCUGUUGGAGCCCACGUGUGGUGGUGGGGGGAAGAGAAUAGGAAGGACGCGAAGAAUAGGGCUGCUGACUUUAUUGCUGUGUUGCUCGUGAGUGUUCCAAGCAGCAGCAUAAUCAGAAGUGCCUAACCCUUAUAAUUGGCUCUUUGUUUUGUGCAGAGGGCCCAAAGUUAUUUUGUAGAUCAACAGAGCCCAGUGAAGAGAAA